AUGGCGACCUGUGAGAGGCGAUCAAAUCUCAGGUUGCUCAGGACGCCUUUGAUUCUGGACGAAGGCGACACACUCACAACUCGCCAUGGAGACUGUCUCAGACUGUGUACUUACAACGCGAGAACAGUUUCCACAGACGCUGACCUGCAUGCCCUUCUCGGAGCUGCAGAGCGUAUCAUAUUUCACAUGAUUGCUCUGCAGGAGACCAAGUGCAGAAGGAGCGACGUACGACAGAUGAAUGACGAUACACCGUCAUUCGUGGAGAGAAGGGCGAAAUGUAGGCUGUGUUGGUUCUGUCGUACACCCAUCUGUCGUCCAUCUUCGUCCAUCGUCGAUUCUCACCAAAUCCUGUCACCUCGUCUGGCCAUUCUUCGUCUCCGCCAUCUGCGCCAAAAACCCAUCAGUAUCAUCAACCGCUACUCACCAACAUCAGCAGCUGAUGAAUCCGAAAUGGACGCGUUUUACGAGGAGCUGGAGGAAGUAGUCCGCAGCGAGAAGUCCUACAAAUUCGUUGUUGGAGACUUCCACGCAAAACUAGGAAAGGCUACAGAAGAGGAAUACAGGAUAGGAAGAUUUGGACUAGGGGACCGGAAUGAAAAUGGCAAUCGUCUCGCCGGGCUGUUGUCCGCCGCUCGCCUCUUUCAUGGGAACUCUCUUUUCAUGAAAAAAGAUCAUCCUCGGUGA